AUGAAAUCCAAUACCAUAACCAAGAAGUUUGCGGCAUGGCCGUUUUGGAAAAAGCUGGCUGUCGUUGGCAUUGUCCUGAUCAUCGUCAUUCCUCUCAGUGUCGGUCUUGGCGUUGGCCUCUCCCGGGGCAGAUCCGAUGAUGACGAUGGUGGAAGCAGCGGUGAUUCAAACGAAGAUACCCCGGGGAAUACCCCCAACCGCACCUCUCUAUGGCAACCUGAAGUAGGUGCCUCAUGGCAGAUCAUUCUUCUCAAGCCACUCGACAUCAGCGAUGAAGACAAGGUCACACCGGACGUUGACAUCUUCGACUUGGACCUCUACGACAACGAUGCUUCUACCUUUGCCGCACUAAAGAAGCUUGGCAAGAAAGUCAUUUGCUAUUUCAGCGCUGGUUCAUGGGAAGACUGGCGAGAUGAUAAAGAUGACUUUGACGAAGCUGAUUUGGGCAAAGAGCUCGACGGCUGGCCAGAUGAGCGGUGGCUAAAUUUGUCCAGCCCCAACGUACACUCCAUCAUGAAGAAGCGUAUCGAAAUGGCAGCAAAGAAGGGAUGCGACGCUAUCGAUCCGGAUAACGUUGAUGGCUUUCAAAACGAGAACGGCCUCAAGCUCACAAAAGAGGAUUCUGUCAACUUUGUCAAAUUUCUGUCUGAAACGGCAGCAUCGUUCAACAUGUCCACGGGACUUAAGAACGCUGGAAGUAUUAUUUCCGACGUCAUCUCAGAUGUGCACUUCAGCGUUAACGAGCAAUGCGUGGAAUAUUCUGAAUGCGACACAUUUGCACAGUUUAUUGAUCAUGACAAGCCGGUGUUCCAUAUCGAAUACCCCAAAGGUGCUGGAGGAAAGGUGUCUGCUAAAACAGCUGAUGAAAUAUGUUCUGGCAAAGGCAAGGCUGACGGGAGUAAGGGUUUUAGCACAGUCAUCAAGAAGAUGAAUCUGGACAAGUGGGUGGAGUAUUGUAACGGUACGACGUACGCGUCUUAG